GCCUGUAAAUAACAACUUCGCAAGCUAAAAAACGCGAUAAUUCUCUUUAAAAUUCAGUCUCAUCUUGCCAUGUUAUUCGUCAAAAAUACCUGAAAAAUACCAAAAAGUGUCUUAUAAUCAAAAUAAACUCUAAAAAAUCCCAAAAUCUGUGAUAAAUUUAUACAAUCCAAAAAAUGUUUUGAAGGCAAAGUCUUCACUUGUAGUGACGAGUCACCUUUAGAUCAACGAUAUUAGUGCAAGAACGUGUAAUACUCAACAGAAAUAAGCGAAAUGGGUUGUUGCGAAUGCUCGACGGCGUCGCAGAAGACAUGGCUUUUGAGCUUGGGAGCGAUAAUUCUCAUCAUAUCAGUUGCCUUGGGAGGAAUUUGGCCCGGAUUAUCAACCAGAUUGAUAGAUCAUGAACUGAUGCUUCAAAAUGGCACGGAAAAUUUCGUAAAUUGGAAGAAAACUCCAUUUCCGAUGUAUUUUGAGGUUUACAUGUUCAACUGGACCAAUCCUCAUGACAUAAAUGCAUUUCCAAAGAUCAAACCGCACUUUGAGGAGGUCGGUCCUUAUGUUUUUCAAGAAGUUCGGGAACGCGUCGACAUCGUUUUCGACAAAAAUGGCAAUUCCGUGAACUUUAAUCAAACGCGGAACUGGCAUUUUCGCCCCGAUCUCUCGGGAAAUCUUAAACUUAGCGAUAAAAUUACAAAUUUAAACACAAUUUGCGCGACAAUCACAUGGAAUAUGCGAUACUUGCCUGCGUGGGAGCGUCGCAUCGCCAACGAACUUUAUCUCGAAAUGGCUUGUGAUCUAACAAAAACUGCCAAAGUCGGUCAACUGCUCUUCGACGGAUACAACGACCCCAUUUUGAUACUUCUCAAAGCCAUCAAACAACGAUUUCCAUCGCUCAAGAUCAACAUUCCCUUCGACAAGUUUGGAUGGUUUUACGGCAGAAACGGAUCCGCAUCGCACGAUGGCCGAAUGAAAAUCCGCACAGGUCGAGACAACAUUUAUCGUGUCGGUUUGAUGCAAAUGUGGAACAAAAAAAAUCACACUGACAUGUUUGGCGGCGAAUGCGGGCACGUUUACGGCACAACAGGCGAACUUUGGCCUCCGAUGAAGGAAAAUCGAACGCACGACGAAAUCACGAUGUUCAUUGUGGACAUUUGUCGCGCUUUGACGUUGAAAUACGAAACGAACGUAACGAAAUUCGAUGUUAGCGGGAUUAAAUGGGCAGGCGAUGAAUCGAUGUUGGAUGGAAAAGAUUGUUAUUGCUUGGCGGCAAAGUGCCCAGAUCCGUUGCUCAAAAGGGGAGUUUUUAAUGCAAGUACGUGUCAAUUUGGGAGCCCGGCAUUCAUGUCGUACCCACAUUUCUAUUUAGCGGAUGAGAGUUAUAGGGAAAAUGUGAGCGGCAUGAAACCCAAUAAGACGAGGCAUCAAAUGUACGUUUCGUUGGAGCCGAAAUCGGGCAUUCCGUUGGAAAUUCGGGCGAGAUUGCAGAUUAAUUUGAUGUUGACGCCGGAUCCGACGUCAAAAAUCUACAAACACGUACCGAACAUCCUCUUCCCCAUGUUUUGGUUCAACCAAGUUGCCGACAUCACGCCUGAGCUCGCUGCCAAAGCUGGCGUCAUGGAAACCGUCAAAGUAGCUGGAAUGUGGACAAGUUACGUGCUCGCAGCUAUCGGAGCGACUCUCCUACUCGUCGGAAUCAAGAUGGCAGUCACGAGUUUCGACGAAAACGACAAUUUGCGACAGCAGGAUGACGAAUCGCCCAUUUUGCAUGACAGACUGGAAGAGCAAAGUGCACCCCAAGCAAACGAGGAACGAAGAAAUGACGACACGGAAUAGACAACCACCAAAAAUUCAAACUUUAGACCAUAUCAAUGAAUUUUUUUUAUAUGUCAUAAGAAAAAAAAAGUUUAAAACUUGUAAAAAUUAGUCAGAGUUGUUGCUAGUUAUACUCUGCGGAGAAUAAACAAAAGUAUUUUGUGCCAAAUUAGGGUUAAAAAUUGCGUUUUUUCAUGU